AUGCCCCUGUUUGUAGUGAUAAAGGGUCUCACAAUAAAUCCUACCAGCUCUUUCUGUCUCUCCAGGAAACUGAUCGUUUCACAGCUCGAAACUGCGCUGCAAAGACAUAACGAGCGGCGGCAGCGCUACGUUCAAGAAGAAUCGAGCAGCUCUGUUUAUCGUCCAAGUGGCUAUUCGCAGUUGAAUCGAUUAUUCAAAGAAUUCGGUUCUUACCCUACGAUGUCCCAGCGUCCCCACCAUGGUGCGUGGGAGGAAGAACGCAACGAUUUCGUGACCACCUUGAGUCUCCAGAACAUUCUCAAGAAUCAUCCAAGCGCCGUGAAGCAGUGA